AUGUCUGCCCCAUCUACACCCCGCUCGACGCGCACCGCGUCACCGCCAGGCGACUCGCCGGCGAUUCUCACGCCUGGACAAAAGAUCAAGGCCAUGAUGGCUCAAUUCGAUAGUGAUUCGGAAUCAGAUAAUGAGACUACAUCGAAAGCGCAACGGCCAAUCGCCAGACCGAACUUUACGAAUAACACAUCGACCAACGAACCGGCUCAGCGAAAAGGGGCAGAGAACGCGGAUUCGGAUGGCGACGAUGAAGCUGAUGAUAUUAUCAUGCCUAGGGGACGGAUGGCUGCGAGAUUACAGGCGGAGGGACAGGACGGGGAGGCCAAUAAGCCUGAGACGGCUUACGAUCGGAUCAAGAAGACGCUAAAGGAACAGGAGAAGGGAAAUCAAGAUGAUGAGGAGGAUGACCUUCCUAUGGCUGGACCAAGGAGGCGACAAGCAAAUAAACAAAACGACUCUGAAGACGAAGAAUCAGAUCGAUCGCCAUCUCCUGCCCGCUCGUUUUCUCCGUUAUUUAUGUCCUCUCCAGCAACACAACGACUUGCUCUACUGGAAGAUAAUGGAUCGGACGGACCGGACGACGAGGAACCACAACCGAAGAACGACACCCGACUCCAGGCACUUAUCGCCCAGAAACGCAAGGAACGCGAGGAGCGUGAGCGAAUCGAAGCCGAGAAGAAAGCCGCUCGCGCAAAGCAGAAUGAACAAUUCAGCUCCGAUGUUCUCUCUGGUGAAGACAGUGGCGACGAUAACGACCGUGGCUCCGCGAAGAAAUUAUCGCAGCAAGCUCGUCCUUCACGCAAGGCUAGCAAGAAGGCACUGGAAGAGAUGAAUCGCGAGACACAGCGGAUGAGCCGGAACAUGCAAUUGGCGCACCAGGCCCAGACGAAGAAGAAGAUUACGAAGGAGAGUUUCUUUGCUAGGUUUAAUUUCGGGCAGCCUAAGACGGAUAAUGCAGGGCCAUUGGCGGAGAAUUCUUCUACAACAGCGUCGCAGAACUCGUCGGAUGGGGAAGCACAGAAAGAUCGGGAGACCCCACGUACAUCUCCUGUAAUGGGCCCUGCUGAUAAGCCAGUUAGUCCUCAAACUGCGGGUGACAAGGGGAAAGAGACGGAAACUGAGGCUAUGGAGUUUACCAUGCCUCCUCUCGAGGAAGUGCUUGCAGGGACGCAUCUACAACACGAAGAACCAAUUGUUGCACAGGCCGAAGUCCAAACGGAAGAACCACAACAAAAGGCACCAGAAUCAAAGCCGCAGCGUAAAACGCUGACAAAACCACCUGUUCGCGUCCAGCUCUCUCGACAGUCGGUAGCGGAACACCAGCAGGAGGAUUCCGACAGCGACCUUGAGGUCGUUACAUCUCCCGCAAAAUGCCGUCGUGUCGCAGCGUUCGAAAACAUCAAGACCAAGAGAUCGGAGGAAUCCGCUUCCAUGUUGAAGUUGAAGGCUUUGGCUCAUCUUACUUCUCCUGACCGCCAAGCGACAUCGACCAAUUUUGCGCAGUUGUCAGCUGAUCUACUUGCACAAGCGAGAAAGCAAGCUGCCGACGAAAGAAAGCAGAGAAUUGACGAGCUUAGAGCUCAGGGUGUUUUUAUUGAGACCGCCGAGGAACGACAAGCCAUGGAGGAUGAAAUCGAGAAUCUCAUGGAGAAGGCCCGGCAAGAAGCUGAUGACAUUGCUAAGCAAGAGCGGAAGGAAAAGAAGCAAGCUCAGUGCGAUGAUGAUGAUGACAGUGAUGAGGGGGAUUAUGAGCCUUCUGGUUCCGAGGAUGAAGUUCAGGGUGAUAAUGACGAGGUAGAUGAAGAGGAGGAAGAGGAUGAAGAAGAAACAGGAGAAACAGGGGCCCAGAAUGAUGAGAAUAUGAUCGAUGCUGAAGCCGGUGAGGAUGAGGAAUCGGUAGACGAGCAGAGUGAAGCCAUGUCUGCCGAUGAAGCUGCUGUGCCGUCCACGCGAAGAAAGCGGCCUAUUAGAGUAAUUGAAGAUGAGGAUGACGAAGACGAGCAGCAACAUGAACCUCGAGCGCCGGCAACUCCGAUUAACCCAAUAACACCACACAAGGGUUCUGCAGCACGACCCGAGUUCCCCGGCUUGGAGGGCUCUGGCGGCUUAACCAUGGGUCUAACCCAAGCUUUUGCGGGCACAUUGGCCGGAAGUGGACAGGAUACUCAGCCUAAUACCCCCAGCGUCAUCCCGUCACUCCCAGACCCUGCAAAUAUGGUCAAUGGGGUCGAACAGUCUGAUUCUGAGAUCCUCGUCAGGGACAGCCAAGGACAACAAGAACAGACUGCCGACAUCUUUGCUGGGUAUGCACUGUCCGAGGGUGGUGCAUCUGAAUCACCAGCCCCCAGAGCCAUGUCCGAGUUUUCGCAGGUCCCUGAACCGACACAAGAUGCUGGCUUCGUUUAUUCGCCAUUUGACCCUUCAAAACGCUUUAGGCCUCCCCCUUCGACGAUCGAAACGGUAGUCGUCGAGCGGCACGAAACCCCGGAUUCUCCUGUUGUCAUCAAGAAGAACAAGCACCUCCGUCGCGGCCGUACAGAUGAUAACCAAGGAACCGAAGAGCAAAGUAAAGGCGACUUUGAAAUCGACUCAAGUGCAUUUGACAUUAUGAGGAAGGCGAGUAAAAAGAAGAACAUCGUCCCAUUCGACAAGCAAAAGAGCAGAGCCAAGGAUGUUGUCGAGGAUGCAGCCGAGGAAUCCGAGGAUGAAUAUGCCGGUCUUGGUGGUGCCAGUGAUGACAGCGACGGCGAAGAAGAUGCGUAUGAUCAGUCAAUGAUCAACGAUAACAGCGGAGAGGUUGUGGAUGAGAAGUUGUUGGCUAGGCUUAAUGCUGCUCGUCAGCGAGAUGACGAUGCAAAACAAGUGGAAAAGCUCAUGAGGGACAUUACCACUGGUGCUCUGAGACGGCGCAGAGGAGCUGAUGAUGACCUUGAUCUCGAUGACCCCGAGGAUGAACUUCUCGCCCGCCGUCGCGAGAAGCAGAGAGAAUUCGCCCGGAUGCGAAGAGCUCUCCUUGCCGAUGAGAAGGUAAACGAAAUUGCCGAGAAUCCUAAGAAGGCAGCCUUCUUCAAGGCCAUUGAGGACCGGGAUGAGGAAGAUGAUGUUGAUCUGGAAUUCCUGGAAUACGAGAACGAGGGUGGUUCUCAGGAACGAUCCUCGCAGGACGUGGCAUCCGAAGGCCAGAAAGAACCUGCCACACCGGAAACCGAAAACAACGACAACAAGAGAAAGAGACCCCUUGAGCCCUCCGCAGAAGACAUCGCCAACCGUCCACCACCUCAUCUCCGUCGCAAGCCUGCCAGCCACAUGUCCAAGAAACCCGCCACUCUCGCAGAGAUCCGCGAAACAGUCUCCUUCCUUACAGAGACCCACGAAUACGACUCCUUCCACGAGGACGCCGCCAUCGACGAAGAAGGUGACCACGACGAAAAAAUGGCAGAAGCCGAAACACCAACAGCAGAGGAACCCAAAGAAGACUUCGUCCCUCGCACCCACAACCAUAACCACCCCCGCCGCACAAGAGGCCCUGUCGUCGACCGCCUCGCCCUCCUCCGACAAGCCUCCUCCAACUCCGCCCAAUCCUCUGCAAGCACCCGCUUCGCCUUCCACGCUGGCGCCGGAAACGACGCAGCUGCAAGCAUCGGCUUCAGACCUCCUCCGCUGCUUCGCAAAAACACAGCAAAUUCUUCGUCAUCAGGCAGCGUGUCUUCUGGGCAUUCUGAUUCGCGGAAGACUAUGAAGGCGCCUGCGGGAGCAUCGACGGCGAAGAAGGGCGCUGUUAAUUACUAUACGGCUGCGAGGGAGAAGGAGCGGGAGCGUGCGAUUCGGGCUAAGGAACGGUCUAGUGGGUCGAAUGUUGCCGCGUUGCUCAAUAAGCAUGCUGCAAAUAGGCGUGGUUUGGGGGCGUUGGGGGAGGGGCAGUGGGAGUGA